CUAAGCAUGCUAGGUGUUGACUCCUAGGCUAUUUAUCCUUUAUUUUUCUGUUCUUUAAUUUUCGUGUAUUUCUACCCAUUCGAAAGCCAUUACAGCCAAGCUUUCAACUCAAAUUCAAACCACCACCAUCAAACCACUUAGCCAACACAAACUCUAGCUGCUGCUGUUACUUGAACAACCAACAACCUGAUUCUCAUAAACCUAGCUCCCGAAGGUGAUUCCUAAACUGAAAAGCAUAAGCACGGACACGGGUACGACAUGGUGAUAUGGGUAAUUUCUGAAAAAUUAUAACAUCAAACAGUUGAUAUAACACUGUUAUGACAUGGGUACAAUAUGGGUAGGCACCCUAAAUGAAGUGUCUUGUGCUUCCUCGCUAGCUCUAGUCAACUCUAAGUGAGGACCAUUAGAGGUUCUCUUUUGCUUGGUGCUGACUCAAAACAAGUUUAGUAUGGAUUGACACCAAUAGAAAUUGCAGCAUUGCAAUGUAAUUAUCAGAGUGUCGUGAUUCUCUUUCCAGUUACCUUUCAUAUUCCAGCUAUUCCAGACUGGAGUACAGGUGGAAUAAUGAAGUAAAUUCACUCUGAAGAGCUACACAACAGAUGAACCGAAAGUUAAAGGAGAACUUUUUGACCUUAAAAUCCAAGGGAAAAGAUGCUUUUAAGAGAAAGGAUUAUCUUGGUGCGAUAUGUUGGUAUACAAAGGCAAUAAACGCAGAGCCCUCUGAUGCUACUGUGUUAUCGAACCGAAGUUUGUGUUGGGCUCUCUUGAAUGAAGGAAGUCGUGCUUUACCUGAUGCUGAGGCUUGUAUUGCAUUAAGGCCGGACUGGCCAAAGGCAUACUACAGGGAAGGUGUAGCAUACAUGUUAUUAAAAGAUUUUGUGAAAUCUGCAUAUUCGUUUAAUAAGGGAUUAGAGCUGGAUCCCAAGAAUGAGGAGCUUCAAAUGGCUUUCUGGUAUUGGCUUCUAUCCACAAUCCGGGUUCAUCUUGUGGCUUAUAAGAAGUAUUUGAAUAUUUGGGUGUUUGUCUAUAAACUUCUUUUUUAAAUUAUGACCAAAUUAAAGAAUAUAUGUAUGUAUGUAUGUAUGUAAAUUUUGAGGGCACCAUGGUGCACCCUCCAACCACAUAUUGAGCUCUGCCUCUGUUAUACAAAAUAUAGUUCUAUUAAGUUUGCACUGGCUUGAAAACUGAAAUUCAGAUCUUCCCUUGAAGAGAAGAUUUGUCAAUUGUAAAUGAAUUUGCAAUUGAGGUUUACUCAAAUUUUUUCCUC